GCUUCUUGUUUAUAAGCAGAUUUGUGUACAUUAUAAAGUAAAUAUUUUUAUAAACAAUAUGAAAAUAAAUGUAUGAUUGGCUGUAUAGACUAUGUUUUUUGUCGUCUAAUUUGGGUGAACUUUAAAACAAAAACAGAAUCAAAUAAAUGUCAAAAUUGUCGAUACAUUGUCAAAUUAGCAUUGUAAACAGAGUUUUUCAAUAUUUUCCUAAAUUAAAAUCCUAGUUUUAAAAAUGAGCAGCCGUAAUCCUAAUACGCUUAUGAGUAUCCCAGAUGAACAAUUUGAUUAUCUAUUCAAAAUUGUAUUGAUCGGUGAUUGCGGAACAGGAAAAACAUGUAUCGUGCAACGUUUGAAGUCUGGGAAUUUUAUUGAAAGUCACGGAAAUACGAUAGGCGUCGACUUUUCUAUGAAAACGCUAAUAGUAGAUGGGAAGAAGGUCAAGCUGCAGAUAUGGGAUACUGCUGGACAAGAAAGAUUUAGGACAAUCACUCAGAGUUAUUAUCGUUCAGCCAAUGGAGUAAUAGUAGUAUAUGACAUAACAAAAAGAUCAACGUUUCUAUCACUUCAAAAAUGGAUAGAAGAAGUUAGAAGAUACACAUCAUCCAAUGUAAUAGUUUCGUUGAUUGGCAACAAAUGUGACUUAACUGAACAAAGAGAGGUGGAACCUGAUGAACCGAAAUCCUUCUGUCGCUAUGUACCUGAGAUAAUGUUUGUGAUGGAAACAUCAGCUAAAGAUAAUACUAAUGUUGAAGACACAUUCCGUAGUUUGGCUACAGAGCUGAAGAGACAGCAUGACAACAGUGAGGGACCACCAAUUGAGUCUGACUCUGUAGUAUUAGGUGAAAGUCACUCUGUAAGUAGAUGUCAACCAUGCCGUUCGUCCUAAAUGAAGAUCCUUUGCCAUUCUAGGUAAUUUUGUGUAGUCUGUCUUUUUUUAGUUGUACUUUAUUGUACACUUUAUACAGUGAACAAGUAUAAAUUGGCUGUGGUGAUUUUUGCGUGAUUAGCAUAAAGGGUGUCACGGUGUAUACUGUGACGUCAGUGCUGUUUAUUUUUAAGCAGUUAUAAGUAUCGUCUGUUGACUAUCUCUUGUUUACUAUUCCAAAUUAAACAUUUGUUGAUACAUUUCGAUAGACAAUUUUCAGUAUAUAAGUUUUUUUUUUUAUAUUUUUGGGGUAAAAGAAUUGUUCCCCAGGAUAUAUUUCUGUAUAAAUAUUAUAAAAUAAUUAUUAUAUAGACAUAUAGUGUUAAAAUGUGUUCACCACUUCACAUCAACUUAUACUUGUAUUAAUAUAUGUACAAACACUGUAUAUUGAAUUUAGAAAAUUAUUGAAAAUAUUUUAUUUUUGUGAUAAAUCUUUUUUUUUUUAAUUAUUGUAUUCUUUGAAUGAAAUAUGUUAAGUAUAUUUUUUUCGAUUAUAUUCUUAAAUAUGUAAUUUCGAAAUGUAAUAAGAGGGAUGGAGUAUAUAAUUUGAUAUUAAGAAAAGAAGGUAAUAAUAACUGCAGGUGCUAUGUUUUAAAUAAUAAACUAAAUCUAGCAUAAUAGCCCUUUGAUACCCGAUUAUUACAGAUAAUGCCUAGAGGCAGCAAUAGGAUGUAACUCUCCUAAAUAUAUCAAUACGUAAUUUUUUUGCCCACUUAUAAUUAUUACUAUUUUAAUUCUCUUGUCACAACAUAUUGAAGUGUAAAUUAUUUUGUUGUAAUAUUUUUAAACAUAAGUAUCAACUUUUUAUUUAAGUAAGUAAUUAAUUGUUAAAGAAUCUGUUUACAAAAUUCUACACGAUUAUUGGUACUUUUUAGGACAACAAAAUUGCACAAUUCAUUUUAUCAAAAUUAAUAAAGUAGUACCUAGUCAAUUUGGACGCUAUAAUGUAUAAUUAUGAUUAUAUUUAACGUUUAUUUAAAUUCUUUUUUGGGAUUUAAGGAGAUGCGACGAUAUUACGAAAGGUAGUCGUGUCCCGUUAAGCCCAGAUUAUAAAUUUAAAUAGUUAUGCAUAAAAAUGCGAAAGUUUCUUUUGCAUUCUAACCAAAACUAAUUCAAACCUACCUCCUCUAAUUAAUCACAAGCAAUAAAUACAUCUUACUUUUUCAGUACAUUAAUAUAAUAAUAGAUUUUGAACAAUAUAUUAAAAAAAUAAUUACAAUUAAUUAUUUAUACACUAUUUUACUACACAAACCGAAUACACAUAUUAAUGUGCUGACUAUACUAUAAAUAUAAGUAAAAUUGAAUAAUCAAACGAUCAAAGAUUGAGAAUUUUGUGAUAGGUCACAAAAUGAGAUCUUAUUUUCUAUGGCUUUAAGUACAUAUUACGUCGAUAUAUUCUCAUUUUUGUUAAGUAUAAUUUGGUUAUGUUUUAGUAAUUAGAAAAUCAGUUUCGAUGUUGUAAAUAAUUGUAUAGUAAUUAACUCGUGAACCACCUAAUCGAGACUGAUAUGAGCCAUAUAUAUUUAGUAUUUGGUGUUAUAGGCCAGACUAGAGAUUUUUAUGGAUGUUCAGUGAUUAUUUACACGGCUAAUUUGGAAAUAUAAUUAUAUAAUGAAAAAAAUGUAUAUGUACUUAUCUAAUAUAUAAUUUUUCUUAUAGAUUUUAUGUUCUCGUGAACAAUUAUGCACGUUCUGUAGAUUUGCGUCAUUAUUUUGCAUACUUCUAAGAGUUAUUGAAGCAAUUUUAACUUUUUGACCUUAGAUUAUACAGAUAGAGCCUCGAACCCCAAAAAUGGGUCAACUUUUUGUCAGGUAAUUAUCAAAUUAGCUGAGCUUUGAUCUUACCUCUCGUAAUAUUUAAUAGAUAAAAUAAUUAUUUACGCAUUAAAAAGAUGCAAAAAUUAUAAGAUAAAAUAAAUAUAUAAGUUAUAAAAGAAUCGCUCAUAACUAUUUAUCACGCAUAAUUGUAUGAAGAAGUUGACCCGCUUUUGUCGAAGCAUUUGUAUGGAGACACUAUCUAUAUAAUCUAAGUUUUUGACAUUAAACGGAAUUGUAGCCGUGACGUCCAUUCAUAAUUUACAAAGUUAAUAUUAAAUUUAAAAAUUUUAACAUGAUAUAGUAAUUAUUUACUAAUUUCAUUUUUUGCCAUUUUAUGGCCUAAAUUACGAGUCAAGAUUUUAAAUAAUUUAAUUUUAAAUUGAAUCUCUUAAAUAAAUAACAAAAUGGUCUAAUAAAUUAAUCUCGAAAUACAUGUGAUAUAUUUUUCGCUCUGAAAUAAAACCCAUCAAUUAUUUUAAAGUUUAUUUUUUACACAUUAAAUAAAUAUUAUUGUGCUAUAUCAUUAAGAUAUAAUUUUAAUUUGUAACUAAACAUAUUUUUAAAUUUGUUUCCAUCAAAUAAAAUAUUGUUAUAAAACCUAUAUUUUUUAUUUAGAAAAAGUUGACAUUAUGA